CUCCGGCACGAUUACGGUACCCUCUGGCCCCGGCCCACCCCGCCCCAUGGCGACCCCCAAUGGGAGUGACUCAAGCGCCACCUUCUUCAUCCUCAUCGGCAUCCCAGGGCUGGAGGCAGCUCAGUUCUGGCUGGCCUUCCCGCUGUGCUCACUCUUCCUGGUUGCCGUCCUGGGCAACGGCAUCCUCGUCUACGUGGUGGGCACGGAGCCGGGGCUCCGGGAGCCCAUGUACCUGUUCCUCGGGAUGCUGUCCACUGUGGACGCCCUCCUGGCCACGGCCGCCAUGCCCAGGAUGCUGGGCCUCUUCUGGUUCAACUCCACGGCCAUCGCCUUCGACACCUGCCUCGUCCAGAUGUUUGCCAUCCACUCCCUGUCGGCCAUCGAGUCCUCCAUCCUGCUGGCCAUGGCCCUGGACCGCUACGUGGCCAUCUGCCAUCCGCUACGCCAUGCCACCCUGCUGACCCCGUCGCGGGUGGCCAAGUUGGGGGUGGCCGCCGUGGUCCGAGGUGUGGCCCUCAUGGCCCCUCUCCCCGUCUUCCUCCGCCACCUGCCCUUCUGUGACUCCAAAGUCCUCUCCCACUCCUUCUGCCUGCACCAGGACGUCAUGAAGCUGGCCUGCGCCGACAUCACCACCAGCGUGGUCUACGGCCUGGUGGUCAUCGUCUCUGCCAUUGGCCUCGAUGCCCUGCUCGUCUCCCUCUCUUACGCCCUUAUCCUGCGGGCAGCCCUGCGGCUCAGCCGGGAGGCCCGGCUCAAGGCCCUCGCCACCUGCGUGUCCCACGCCGGUGCCGUCUUCCUCUUCUACGCACCCUUCAUUGGCCUGUCUGUGAUCCACCGCUCUGGUCACAGAGUCAGCUCUAGUCUGCACGUCGUCCUGGCCAACGUCUACCUUCUGGUCCCUCCCGUGCUCAACCCCGUGGUCUAUGGGAUCGGCACCACGCGGAUUCGCCAGCGGAUCCUGAGAGUCUUCCACUCGGUCCCCCGGGAUUCGUCCGCCUAGCGGGGGCCUCGGCAGCUUGGC